CUCUAGUAUUCUGUCCUCGGCGUUCGUUCCUGGUAUAUAUACACUUUGUAGCAGUUCACGACGUUCUAAUUGUCAACUUGAGACUUGACGUUAAAGCCUCGUGAAUUGACAAUAAGAAAGAGUUGGUAGUGAGUUUGAUUGAUCAGUGUGCAGCGUCGGCGGGGCAUUGUGGAUCGACGAUGGAAGAGCGAUCGGAGUUGUCCAAGUCAACGUCGAGGGGGCACAAAAGUACACCGGGUCAUUCCCGAAAGAGUAGCAAUAAGAAACGUACAGGACGGAAGGGUACAACGAGCACAGAAAAUUGGGGCGAGGAAACGUCGCCCAGCCAAAACGGUGGUCCCUUACCGAACAUGGAUUAUCGUCAAAUAUUUUGGCCGCAACAAACAGCCGUGCCACAACACAUACAACCACCGCACAGCGGCCAAAGAUUGUUUGCAGCAAUGUCAGAUCCCAGCGUAUGCAGAUACUCCCCGUUACCAGUAGCUUACACCAUGGAACCAGUCCCACCGAUGUAUCCUCUUUACCAACCAAUUUCAAGGCCAAAUUAUAGAACCUUCAGAGGAAGACCCAGGCGACACGUAGCUCAAAUAAAUCCCAUGAUGUCGCAGCCUCAUCCAACCCUUACCAACGGCUACUCCAGCCUCCAGGAAAACCGAUCUAAUUAUUCAAACCCUCUAGCCUAUCAGAAUGGCGAUUAUGCAUCUCUUCCUCCGAAUGCUAACACCGAUCGAUCUAACAACUGCGACGAGCUCAAUUCUGAACAUCGACGAUACUCUGAUCCUGGCCUCGGUCCCGCCGACCUUACUCGUCCUAAUGACGGUGAAGAUUCUGACAGUGCAGAAAGCGGCAGCUCUAUCACCACCAUAGGAAAGAAUAAUAAAUUGGUUCUCUCCCUCGUUGAACAGAUGACUGCACUCAGAGAGGUGAAUAGUCAAAUGUUCAAAGAGUUGCACGAGACGAGAACAGAUCUGGAAAGUAUAAAGAGCGAAUUGGCGAGACUAAAACGCGGUGGUACGUCCGACUAUCAGCCCGGAAUGUUAUCAGACAUCGUACGGGACAUGAGAGAAGCGAACAAAGCCCUUGAUGAAGCGAUGAUUACGAAGGUCAACGCCAUGGUGGACGAGCAAAACAGACAGAGAACUAUGGAGUUUGAAAAAUUACGGGAACAACUGACGAAAAUAACUGUGGAGAAGGAAGACAAUUGCAGACGCAUCGUUGAGCUCGAAGAGACAGUAGCUGCUCUGAAAUUAAAUGCAAACAACGAAGGCCGAGAGAUCGCUGCGUUCGAGGAGGAGACCCUGGCGCUGAGACGAGAGCUACAGGAGGCGAGGGCAUCGCGGAACAUGGCGGAGAACCACGUGGCAAAGUGCGUAAGGGCCUUAUCGAGACCAAUCACGCCUGUAAUAUUCGAAACACCUUGUAUAACGAGCACCCCCGUGCGUACCGAAUUCCAUAAUAAUCCCUAUCUUUCCCUGUCUCGUACUGGUUCGAUGAAUGAUUUUUCGGAAAUAUCAGCGAGCACCCACGCAACGAAUCUCGAAUCGACCGAGGGAACGAGUUCAUUGCAGCCUGACGACAAUACCUUCAGACGAUUGUCAUCGUCCUCAACCUCAUCCUCGACAUCCUCGUCCCCGUCGAGCUUUUCUCGAUGCGAGGAUAGAGCGGCGGAGAUCGACGAGGAGUGGCGGUGGAGAGCAACGAGGCUGCAAGAUACGAUAGUUUCUUCCGAGGUUCAAGAAAAAGAGCCUGAGAUUUCGACAAAUGGCAUCGGUCUUGAAGUAGAUUCGGAAAGAGCGAGAGAACGAGAGGGUGCGACGCGUGAUUACGGAGUAUCAAAAGCUCUCAGAAGUAUGCAGAGCUUCUCGAGAGCACAGGAAAAUAUCGAAGAGAAUGAAGCGAAUGAGCGUUUGAUCGUUAUUCCAAAAAACGAUGACAAACUUUUGGCUGAUGAUGGGAAGCCUCGUUCCAGAAGGUCCACUGAUAAAUCCUUGACCAAGAAAGACUCUGGGAAUUCCAUUGGGAUUUGUUCCUCUUCGAGCGCGACCUCGAAUGCUUUUUCCGAAGAUUCGAUCGAACGUCGCAACGACGCACCCGAUGUUCUCGAUGAGACUCCGAUCGCCGUCAACGAUGAUUCCACUUCAGGAAUCGUGCGAAACGACGUUGCUAAUAAAAAAUCUCGAAAACGGGCCAUUACCGAAGUUCCCGAUGUCAUUGUCGUUGCCGGUAAACCUGUUGUACCGAAAGAUUUGUGCUCGACGAGAAUCCUGACUUCCAGUGUCCUGACACGCGCCACUUACACCACCGCCUACAUCUAGGUUACGUACGGGGCCCACAAAAGAAAAAAAAAACAACCAUUUUUUUUGACAAGUGUUCACCAUCAUCAUCGAGCCAAAAAAAAAAAAAACAAAAAAAAAUCCACGGGGCUUCACGGGCUUACUUAGAGGCUACUUCUGUACUUGUCGAAUGUCACACGUCGAUUGGAUUGGGAGUAUGGGCGAAAGAAAGCGUAACCGGAAAACCGUGAUUUGUCAGACUGGAGAAGCUGGUCGAGAUACUCCGUAAAAAGAUGAACGGAGCGAGCGACGAGGAGACCGUGGCGCACAUAAGGGAGCUCGUCAGUUCGGGCAUUAAUUACGUCCCCGGUGCCAAAUUUAGUCCUGAGAAGA